UUUGUAAAAAACUCUUUAGAUUGUCUUAAAUUCGUUUCAAUUUUUAUGCCGACAACCUCAAAAGCCCCUUAUUCUUAUUCUUCGUCGUUUGUGGAAAGUCAUAAAACAACUGUAUAUUCAAUUGCUUUCAACACAUUUACACCUCAAGAAGGAACAAGCACAAAUUCUAUUAAUUAUUUUGCAACUGCAGGAAAAAAUAAAGUUUCUGUUUAUAGUUGCUCUUCAAGUCAGCAAGGAAUUAGGUUAUUGAGACAGUUUGAUGACCAAGAUGCGAAAAAUGAAUGUUUUUAUGCCAUAACAUGGGCAUAUAAUUUGGAUACUUCUCUUCAUGUACUUGUUGUUGGUGGUCAUAGAGGGAUUAUUCGAGUUCUUAGUCCACACAAUGGAAGAAUGUUUUGUUCUUUACUAGGACAUGGGGAUUCAAUUAAUGAAUUACGUACAUCUCCAACACAUCCAAUGAUUGUUGCUUCGGCAAGUAAAGACUUUACUGCAAGGAUUUGGAAUAUUAUGAAUAGACAAUGUUUGGCUAUUCUCGGCGGUAUUCAAGGACAUCGUGAUCAAGUUAUAUCCUUGGAUUUCGAUGUUACUUCAAAUUUUUUGGUUACUGCUAGUAUGGAUCACGCAGUGAAACUUUGGCAUAUUGGCCCUGGAACUGAAGUGGGUGAAGCCAUUCAAACCUCGAUAACAAAAAGUAAACCUGCCUCACAAUUUCCAACAGAAUUGCACUUUCCUAUUUGUAAUUCAAGAGAUUUACAUACAAACUAUGUUGAUUGUGUUCGAAUUAUGGGAGAUUUUAUAUUUUCAAAGUCAAGUGAAGAUUGUAUUACAUUAUGGAAAUUUGGUACAUUUGAAGAAGGAAUUUGUGGUAAAGGUUCGCUAAAAUGCCCGGAAACUUUUGCUUCCCACACUAAAAUGCCAAAUACAGAAAUGUGGUUUAUUAAAAUGGCUAUUGAUCCACAUCGAAAGUUUCUCGCUUGUGGAAGUCAACAGGGUGAAAUUAGAAUAUGGAGAUUAAAUGCAAACAGAUUACCUUUAGCAGAAAGUGAUUAUUUUCUCGUUCCAAGCAAUAAGGAAUUGAAAGGAUGUAUUCGUCAAAUUGCCUUUAGCCCCGAUGGAAAAUUAAUGAUGGCUGUUGGCGAUUGGGGAUUGGUAAUUCGUUUUGAUCUCAAUCCAGAUAAUUUAAAUUAA